UUAAGGCAGCAUGACCCGGAAGUUGGUUUAUUUUGGUCAGACUGCUGGGGCAUUCCCUCGGCAGGGACAGAUGCUUUAACGUGGUUUUAAACGUUAUGUUUCGAGAUUUCCUUUUAGGGAUGUUUUGUUUUAACUGGUUUGAUCUGAUUGGACUUUAAAGAGAAGCGACUCGUUGAAGCUGUGAGUGAAAGCGUGUGGUUGGGUCCAGUUGCAUGAAGAAUAGAGCGGACCGGUCUCCAGCAUGUCCGACAUCAUGAUCCACCUUUCGUCCAGUGGUGACCCCCCACAGCGAAUUGGGCUCACAGAGAAGCAAAAGAUGGAGAAGAAGAAGUUUUUUAAGAAAAUGAAAUAUUUGAAGGCGAAGGGGUAUCUCAAAGAUAAACAAAAUGACUCUCAGCAGAGGAGCAGCUUUAAACAAACAAAAACUUCAAACCAGAAUGGGUCUUUCAGCAAACAUCCACCACCUCCCAGAGCUGCAAACGGCAAACAUUCCCCUCACAGUUCUACCAGCAGCUCUGUCUGUAGCUCCAGGUCCACAUCCUCCUCCUCCUCUAACCCUUCAUCAACGACUGUCACUGUGACAAAAGAAGGCAGCCGUAAAACGCCAACACAGCCAGUCAGCACCAAAACCACGGCCGUGGGCUCCGGCCCCUCGCCAUCCAGCAGCCAUAAGCUCUCCGCCUCCGCAGGGAACCCCACAAAGUACCUCGCCAUCGACUGUGAGAUGGUGGGUGCAGGACCCAAAGGCAGUGUGUGUCAGCUGGCCCGCUGCAGUAUCGUCUCGUAUGACGGGGACGUGGUCUACGACAAGUUCAUCCAGCCCCCCCUGCCUGUGACAGACUACCGCACGCGAUGGAGCGGCAUUCGGCCCAGGGACCUGUUCAAAGCCACGCCGUACGCAGAGGCCAGGAAGGAGAUCCUGAGGCUGCUAAUGGGGAAGGUCAUUAUUGGCCACGCCAUACACAACGACUUCAAGGCCCUGGGUUACACUCACCCUUCCGGCCUGACGAGGGACACGUCGAGAAUCCCUCUUCUCAACCAGAAGGCCGGUUUCGCUGAGAAGCAGUGUGCCUCGCUCAAGAGGCUAACCAAGGCCAUCUUCAACCGCGAGAUCCAGACUGGAAAGAAAGGCCACUCUUCUGUGGAGGAUGCUAAAGCCACGAUGGAGCUUUACAAAGUGGUGGAAGAGGAAUGGGAGAGGACCCUGCUCUCCAAAUCUCGGCCUACUUCGUGCUGCGUUUGAAAAAUAACCAGCAAAAUAAACUCCGUUCAACUGCCUUUAACUUUGAUGAUGUCCUCCAAUGAAAAACCAAGUUUAUUCUCCUAGUCAACGUGUCAGUUUGGUGUUGUGGGAAUACCCGCAGACGCACCGUGUGAAGAAGCCUUUCGCCCCAUCACUGAUGUUUUGUUAACCUAGAGCUGCAGCGUACUAAUACCAGUGGCAUUCAUCAUGACAGACCUCAGACAUCUUUGUUGUCGGUGUGCACCGUGACUCAUUAGUGGAUGUAGAAGUAAAAGAUAAAGCAUGUUUUAGUUGCUGCAGUUAUACAGGUAGGGUUUACAAAGGUGUACCGUAAGAUCUGAAAAGCAUGUUGAGUUAUUUUUGUAAUAUAUUUUCCACACUUAACUAAAAAAAAGAUGUGCAUGGUUAAAUGUGCCUGCAAGAGUUCAGUCUUUUAUUCUUCUUAAUAUCCCAUCAUUUUCAGAUUAUAAGGCGCACAUCAGUUUUUGAGAAAAUGUAAGCAUUUUAAGUGCGCCUUAUACUCUGAAAAACAUAGUAGUUUAAAAAUUGCUUUUAUAAAGACAGAAGACAAUAAUUUUUACCGCAGAGCUUUCCACAGAUCAGACCAGACACCGACUUAUUGUGAGUAGUAACGUUCUUUCUCAGGGUUCAUGCUGAGUUUAAAUGGUGCUCCUGCCACUUCAGGGGCAGAAAUGUCUUUUUAGCAAAGAAUGUAUGUAACCAAAUCCAUAUAUUUGGUCCUGAAAACAAAAAGAUCGGUUUCAUGUUCUGUAAUUUAGAAGUUCUUAGUAUGAUGGUGCUUCUAUCACGCUCCACUGUGGGUUUGGUGUUCUUCGUGUUCAUGUAGUGUUGCGUUCUGCACCAAACAGACCUGCUGGAGUUUUGGCCAAAACUGGUUUUAUGGGACCAGAAAGUGUUUUCCAGCUGCUUUUGGGACGAAUAAAAUAUGGUUUUGAUUCAA